AUGCCCAAAACAUCACUGGAACCGCCUUUCCAGCACACCCCUCUACCUCCAGGACAUCUGCAAGUCUUCGAGUAUCAAGUCAAAGCUUUUCUUCGUCAGCUCAACCAUGUUUUCGGCGUUCCGACUACGAAAGCUAUCGAAGACAGCAUCGUCAAGCCCGAACUUGUUGUUCCUCUUCAGGUAUUCAACGACAAAGUCCAACGUUUUUCUGGCCAUAACACCUCUGCCCCCGACUUCCAGAACACGAGGGUUUCCCGCAACGAACUGCUUGGCAAUGUAGUUAAACUGAUCCCGUUAGAUGGCAAGCAUGCCUUCCUUGAUCUGACCGAACCAGGCUUCAACUUCGGCAUAUGCUGCAACUUCGUCCUUUGUGUAUUUGCCAAUGACGGGGGAUUGCAGCACCACUUUCUCGAGAAGUUGUCCCUUCGCAACGCCGGGUUCAGUAUAUACCAGGUUGUUCUUGAAGCUAUGGCACUUGCAGAGGAUGUCGAAAUUAUCGACAUAAUAGCCCUGUCUAGCCUUCGUGGAGCCAGAAACCAUGGCAUAGUUGACGGUGAGCUCCUCCCCCUGUUUGAGACUCGUGCCGCACGGAAGACCAUAAAUUCCCCUUUCGAGAACCCUCGUGCAGUGUUGGGGGAACAGUCAUGGUUGAGUCGAGACGCAAGCUCGUACAAAGCUGGGCCUGAGGGGGCUUCAUAG